AUGUGGGACUUAACCAAAAAACGAAUGCUUUCCAAAGUCCUUUAUUUCUACCAAGACCUUUUCCCCCACCUCUACGACUUCUCCCCCCCUUGCUGGGCCUUUCCCGAGGACAGAGCGCGGAUAGAGCAGCUGCUGCACCCGCGGAACACGGAAACGUUCAUAAUAAAGCCGGACGGGGGCGCCAUGGGCAGCGGGGUGCAGCUGGUCUCCCGCUGCAGAGAUAUUGACUCUGUCAUUUUGCGCGGAGAGGGAAAUUACAUAAUGCAGAAGUACAUCGACAGGCCGCGCCUGCUGCACAAACGCAAGUUCGACCUCAGGGUCUACGCAGCGCUUUUCGCCGUCGCUGGAAAGCUCCAGGUGUUCAUUUCGCGCGUGGGAAUGGCGCGCUUCUGCACGGACGAGUACCGCCCCCCCACGCGGCGCAACCAAGACAAUGCUUUUAUGCAUUUGACAAAUUACUCCAUCAACAAAGAAAACAAAAACUCCUUCAUCAGAUCUCCCGACAUCCACAACGCGCGCAACAGCAAACGCCUCCUCUCCGACGUCCUCCGCGAGCUCGCUGCAGAGGGCGUGGACGUGGGCAAGGUGUGGGGCAGCAUAAAGGCAAUAACGGCGCGGACUUUCGCGUGUCUGCAGCCGUGGCUGGAGCUGCGGUACCGCCACGUGUAUCAGCAGCAGCAGCAGCAGCAGCAAGAAACUUCCCGCUGCUUUCAGUUUCUAGGCCUGGACAUUCUCCUCGAUGCUGAUGAUAAGUGCUGGCUGCUGGAAGUCAAUUCAAAUCCUUCCCUCAGAAUCGACUAUUUCGACUCCCAGUGUGGGGGCAUUGACGUGCAGCUGGAGAGCGCCCUGGACCGGACCAUUAAGGAACCAGUGGUCAGCGAGGCCCUGGCCAUUGCCAGCAAGCUGCUGCUGGGUCCUGAGAAGAAGAAAAACAGAGACUGCAGCAAAGAAGCAGCCAAAAAAGCGCCCGCAGCAGCAGCAGCAGCAGCAGCAGCUGGCAGCAAACGCGUGGGGGCUGCGGUUGCAGCAGCAGCAACAGCAACUAAGACUGGCAAAGGCAGGAACCGAGGUGUAUGUACAGCAGGAGCCAAAAGUAGAGACAGCGGAGACAGCCAAAAGUCGGGGUGUAUGCACACGAGCAGCAGCAACAGCAGCAGCAGCAACAACAACAGCAGCAGCGCCAGCACCCUUUUUUCUGUCGCUCAGACUCUUCCCCUGACUGCAGAUGCAUCCGCUGCAGCAACUCCAAACGCAGCAGUAAGCACCCAUGCUUCUGCUGCUGCUAUUGUUCCUUCUGCUGCUGCUGCUGUUGCUGCUGCUUGCUUCUCUUGUCUGCAGCAAGCAGUUAAUGCGUGUGUCUCUCCUUUAUUCACACCAGCAGUGAGGAUUUAUAAGUUUGUCUCUGUUGCUGUCUUUGUCCCUUUGUUUCCUCCCCAGAGACAAAUGCCUACCAAAGCAGCAGCAGCAGCAGCAGCAGCAGCAGGGGAGAGCUCGCUUCGGGGCUCCCGCGGCCACCCCACACUUGGGCUGGGAUCGGUGGGAUCGUCUCCUCCGUCUCCAGCUCGCCGCUCCGUUUCUCUUUUUGAACCUCGCUGGGCUUUGGGGGACAAAAGGGACACUCGAAGGUCUCUCAGCACGGAGAGCACCAAGACAAAAGCGGCAGCAGCAGCAGCAGCAGCAGCAGCGGCGACGGCGGGGGCGGGGCCGGAGAAGGAGCGCGCGGCCCCAGGCGCCGCCGCUAAAGCGCCAGCAGCAGCAGCAACAGUAGCAGCAGCAGCAGCACGAGGGACUCCAAAGGCAGCAGGAAGCCUUCGUGCUGGCGGCCUUGGCUGCUCAGCAGCAGCAGCAGCAGGUUCGUCCACCUCGACGGGCUCUGCUGCCACGGCCACCCUCCGAACCAGCAGCAGCAGCAGCAGCAGCAGCAGCAGCAGCAGCAGCAGCAGCAGCUUGCGGCGGGGGAAGGGCUGGGAAGGCCCGCAGGGUGAUGGCUCCGACUCUGAAGCAGGGGAACACCGCAGCAGCCCGAAAGUGGAUUCGGAGUUGCUGGCAGCAGCUUAUAAAGAAAUAGAAAAGUGCAUGGAGUGUUUCAAUGUAUUGGGGCUGCGUUUCCAGCCUGCGGGUUUGCUGCCGCUGCAGCAGCAGCAGCAGCAGCACGCGGUGCGGCGCGGCAGCGCGGGCGCCUGCGCUGCAGCAGCAGCAGCAACAGCAGCAGCAGACAAGCAGCAGCACUGCAGCAAACGCAGCAACUCCAGGGCCCCACACGUACCCUUCCGCCCCUUUCUCAGAAAAGACAAAUCUCUCUUCAAAAGACCAGCAGCAAGAAGCACUUACACGAAACUGCACAAGGACGUGUUGAAGCCGCUGCCGGAGAGCGCGCUGGGGCCGCAGGGCUGCUGGCUGAGCCUGGAGAAGGAAACAGCAGCAGUAGCAGCAGAAACAGCUCUUAUGAGAAGAGUUCAAAGACUUUUUGAAAGAAUUGUUUCUUUUCCUCAAAGAAUAACUUUGGAAAGAAGCAGGUGGAUGGAGGCUUGCGAGCAGGCCAGGCUCGCAGACCUCCUCCGCAAGGUCUACGUGCCCGCAACACCCUCUCCUGCGCGGCCUGCUCGAAGCAGCGCCCCGCAGCCUCCCUUCAGCUCCUUCCGGCCCUCCCCGCAGCAGCAGCAGCAGCAGCAGCAGCAGCAGCAGCAGCAGCAGCAGCAGCAGCAGCGGAAGGUAGCUCGCUCCGCCUCUGUCUGCCGCAGCGCGAGCUCCUGCUCCCUUCUGACUGACUUCACCGAGGGAGGGGGAGGGGCCCCCGGGGCCCCGGGGGCCCCCGGCGCCCCAGGGGCCCCCGGGGGUCCCGGGGGGGCCCCCAGCCUGGGGGCCCCUCCCGUGGGGCCCCCCAGCCGUGGCGGGGGGCCUCUAGUGAGGCAGCGCAGCAGCGCGAGCCUCAGCUGGCUGGCGGGGGGCCCCCGGAAGCGGCGAAUGACUGCAGCAGACCUGGAGCUGCUGUUCCUGCAACAGCAGCAGCAAAUGCGGCGGCAGGCGCAGCUGCAAGACAACAGAAGGGGCCUCGGGCUGCUGGAGUUUGCACAAAUGCUGAAGCUUCUGGCUGUGCUGCUGCUGCCAGUGCUGCCCCCCAAGGCCUCGCUGGUGGCGCUGCUGCUGGAAGACCCCGGCGCAGACCCCAAGGGGGCCCUCGACAAGGUUGUCGAGGUCAUUGACCAGCAGCAGCAGCAGCAGCAGCAGCAGCAGGGGGGGGAGCACGGCGAGGCGCACAAAGGCAGGCCCGGCGAACGCCCCAAGGGCGCAGCAGCAGCUGCGGCUGUUGCUGUGGAGGAGGAAGCAACGAGCAGCAGCGAGGUGACCCAGGAGACUGACUGCAGCAGCAGCAGCAGCACCAGCAACAGCAGCAAAAGCGAAACCUUCGACGAGGGCCCCCUAGAGCCCGUGGCAGGGGCCCCCGUGUCCCUGGGGGGCCCCUCCCCUUCAUGCGGGGCCCCUGCUGCUGUACCAUGGGGCCCCCAGGGGCCCCAUGGGGGCCCCCCGCCCCUCCCGGGACUGUCCGCGAGGCCCCUAACUGCAGCAGAAGAGUCCCUUCCUUUGCUGCUGCGCAAAGUUGCAGAGGGAGCUUCGCAGCUAGAAGUGCUGGAAGUUAAUCAGCGGCACUUGGAGCUGCAUCUGCAGCAGCUGCGGGAGCUUCGGCAGCAGCAAGCGGCGAAGCAGGCGGCGCUGCUGCGCCAGAGAGACGCAGCGGCAGCAGCUGCUGCUGCUGCGGGCGGCGGCGGACUGGCUGCAGCAGCAGCAGCAGCAGGCAAGGCUGGCCACGAGGCGCUGCUGAGCAUUGCAAACGCAGAAGAGAUGUUCGGGCCGCGGCAGGGGCCGCGGCAAGGCCGAGAGAAUGCAGCAGCAGCAGCGGCAGCAGCAGCAGCAGCAGCAGCAGCAGCAGCAGCGCUGCAGCAGCUAAGCCAGGAGAUCAAUGCAUGCGAAGCAGGCAUUCGAAAUGCCUCACAUGAAUUAGGCAAAACUCUCCAAGUUCGUGCUGCUGUAGCCAGCAGGCACCAGCAGCACCAAAUGCAGCUUGCCCACAUUCGCGCGCAGCAGCAACUGCAGCAGCAGCAGCAGCAACAGCAGCAGCAGCAGCAGCAGCAGCAAAUGCAGGUGCAGGCCAGACAAAAGAAGGAACAGACAGCCCUGCCACCCUCUGCCCCCGCUGCAGCUGGAGGGCCCCCGGGGGCCCCUGCAGCACCCAGCCAAGGCCCCCGCAAGAAGACAGGGGGGGCCCCCGGGGGGCCCCAAGGGGGGCCCCCACUUGCUGAGUCUCUAAAGAGCAGCAGCAAACAACACAAGGCAACUCUUAAGGGCCCUGCGCAGGAGCUGCGGAGCAUUUCUGCGGAAAAGAAGGAAGGGGGGGGCCCCCUGGGGGGCCCCCACAAGAAAGGGGCCCCUGGGGGGCCCCCAGGCUCUGGGGGCCCCCAGGGGCCCCAGGGGCCCCACGGGGCCCCUGGAGAGGGUUUGGAGUGGCACGAGACCCUCUGCAGCGCCUGGCCAGACUUGAAUUCUCAAGUUAUGAGUAUGGUCCCGAAAGAAGUCCUAAAAGAGGCAUUUCAGCUGCUAAUUGACUUCAUAGAAAUCCGGCUGGACCUCCACCACUGCAGCACACAAUGGGGUGCCCCCCUGAGCCUCUCAGGGUCCUCGGGGGCCCCAGGGGGGCCCCACUAG